GCAUGCCUCGCCUACCGACAGCUGAGUCGUCGGUCUCAGGCCGCCCGCUUACUUCUCUCCCUCCCUCUCCCUCCUUUCUUCUUCCAGCACCCACGCAGCCCAGGACAGGGUAGCCCGUCUGAUGCCUUCCUGUCGCUAAUUCUAUCUGCUCAGGAUGAACAACUUGCUCAGAACCUCCGUCCUGAGGAGCGCGACGGCUUCCGCUCCGCCAUGUCGAUCAUGUGUACAGUCUCGAACUCUCUGGCUCGCGCGUAGCAGUCUAGUCUCGAGUUCUCGAACAGCCCUCCGAAAGACCCUUAUUGGCUAUCGCGGCACGCAAACAAAUGCGAACGGGAACACGCAACCUCCGCCUUCUCCCGCACCCGCACCUGCAGCCAAGGCUGUGCAGAGUGUCCCGUCUGCUACCAGUGACUCUGAACAUAUCAGUCAGGCAGAGCAGAGGAAGAAGGAUUGGAGCAUCGUGAAACGGCUAGUGGAGAACAUAUGGCCGAAGAACGACUGGUCUACUCGCGGUCGAGUAUUACUAGGCUUCGGACUGCUUAUUGGGGGAAAGCUCUUGAACGUUCAAGUACCAUUCAUAUUUAAGCAGAUCAUUGACUCGUUAAACGUGGACAUCACCGCUGGCACUACGGUAUGGAUAGUGGCCGGAUCACUCAUCGCGGGUUAUGGUGCAGCGCGUGUUGGCGCAACAGUAUUUGGGGAGCUCUUGAAUGCGACUUUCGCCAACGUCGGACAACGUGCAAUACGCAAGGUGGCUCGGGAAACAUUCGAGCAUUUGCUGAACCUGGACCUCAAGUUCCACCUUUCAAGACAGACUGGUGGACUCACACGAGCGAUUGACCGGGGAACGAAAGGCAUCACCUUCAUCCUUCAGGCGAUCAUUUUCCGGAUCGUCCCUACAGCCCUGGAGAUCUCGCUGGUGUGCGGUAUUCUGUCAUAUAAGUUUGGGUGGAAUUUCGCGGCCAUCACUGUCGUCACGAUGGCGGCCUACACAUGGUUCACAGUGCGCACGACGUCAUGGCGGACGCGCUUCCGGCGGGAAGCAAACUCUGCGGAUAACAAGGCCGCAACGGUUGCCGUUGACUCUUUGAUCAACUACGAGGCGGUCAAGCACUUCAACAACGAGAAGCACGAGAUUGCUCAAUAUGACAAGCAUCUGUCUGCGUACGAGAAGGCGUCCGUCAAGAUCGCUACAUCGUUGGCGUACCUAAACUCGGGCCAGAACGUCAUCUUCUCAUCCACAUUGACUGCCGUGAUGUUCCUUGCUGCACAGGGCGUGAUCAACGGGACGAUGACGGUUGGCGACCUCGUCAUGGUGAACCAGCUCGUAUUCCAGCUAUCUCUACCUUUGAACUUCCUCGGUACCAUUUACCGAGAAAUGAGACAAAGUCUGUUGGACAUGGAGACGCUGUUCAACCUCGUCACCCACAAUCAGCCGCCCAAGGACAAACCGGGAGCGAAGCCUCUCGACCUCCAAGGCGGCUCCAUCCGCUUCGAAAACGUCAGCUUCGCCUACCACCCCGACCGGCCCAUCUUCCACAACAUCUCCUUCACCAUCCCCGCGGGCAAGAAGAUCGCGCUCGUCGGCCCGUCCGGCUGCGGCAAGUCCACCGUCUUCCGGCUGCUCUUCCGCUUCUACGAGCCCUCCGCGGGCCGCAUCCUCGUCGACGGCCAGGACAUCUCCGAGAUCCAGCUCGCGUCCCUCCGCUCCGCCAUCGGCGUCGUGCCCCAGGACACCCCGCUCUUCCACUCGGAUGUGCUGGAGAAUGUGAGGUAUGGGAGGUUGGACGCUCCGGAUGAGGAGGUCAUGGAGGCGGCGAGGAAGGCGCAUGUGCAUGAUGCAAUCAUGCGCUUGCCCGAGGGCUACAAGACCAAGGUCGGCGAGCGGGGCCUCAUGAUCUCUGGAGGAGAGAAGCAACGGUUGGCCGUCGCGCGCGUGCUGCUCAAAGACCCGCCAAUAUUGUUCUUCGACGAGGCUACCUCUGCGCUGGAUGCUCACUCUGAGGCUGAGCUGAUGAAGAACGUCAACACCCUUCUCCAGGACAAGAGCCGCACGAGCAUCUUCAUCGCGCACCGUCUCCGUACGGUCGUAGAGUCUGAUUUGAUUCUUGUCCUCAAGGAUGGUGAGGUCGUAGAGCAAGGUACUCACGACGAGUUGAUUCGCAAAGGUGGCCUGUACCACAGCAUGUGGCUUGAACAAGCAUAUCAGGAGCAAGCUGUUGACACGGAAGAGGAGGCUUGAGGUGCUCGGACUCCGUAUGAAACCCUGUAAUAAUCGCAUGACGACUGUUCUAUCAGUCCUGUGGUAUACUGGUUUGGUGUACUGUUUUCAUACACACUACUCUCGAACCGAAUUCUUGUCAUGAACUGAAUCUCAUG